AAGACGAGCGAAGUCUUUAUACUUAGGUAUUAACGGUACUUUAAUAAUGCCGGUGCUUUGACGGGUCUGUGUAGGGUUAAGCUAUGAUACAGUAAAGAAUUAGAAAGGGGGUCCUGUGUUAGGGUUCGCCCAUGAACGAUGGAAGCGCGCCCCCGGCACUUCAGGUGAAUGAGAGGGAAGCAGAGGAGCGGGAUACUACUCACGUUGCGUAGCAGUAAAAAGAAACAAUUAAAGGAAAAUGAGUUGUGUUACGUCGCUUGGGGCACAGGCUUUGAUGACAGCAUAUCUAAUUUUCGUGAUGGGAUGCGUUGCACAGAAAGUGUACUUUGAUUGUGGUGCCAAGGUGGAUGUGGUGGAUGUCCAAGGCCUCAUCCUGUCUCCUGGUUUCCCGUAUAACUACUCCUCUGGGACACACUGCGUUUGGCAGUUUGUUGUGCCAAUUGAUUAUCAGCUUGUUCUGGAGAUAUUUGACUUUGAUGUGUUUGAAAGCCAUGACUCUGCAGCUCAGUAUUCAGCUGUCUCUAAUUUUGAAGAGGAAGAGGUAACUUUCAAUCCUGGUAGCUUAGCAGCUGAUGAAACCUCGUCCACGGCUAAAGAGUCGAUACUUCAGGGUGCGGAGGAUGUUUCAAAGAAUCAGCAGUCACCCCAUGAUGGUGAGGUCAAGCAAGUGGUGGUGCAGGAACAGUCCACAAAGAUGGAAAUUGCCAAAGUCUCAAAUUCUGCCAAAAGAUCUGCAGAUUCCUCCUCUAAUCUUUCUUCGCCACCUCCUGCCUCUCUCCUCCUGCUACCUGAGACUGUGCCUCCAGGUGACACAGUCAUCAACUCUGCCUCUUCGUCUCACCUUAGGGGAGAUCUCAACCCUAGUUCUAACCCAAACACAGCUGUGGAAGAAACCACCCUGCCCUCACAGCACUUCACCGACACUCCUGCUGUGAGCCCAGAAACCCAGCAGUCUGUGCUUGACGCUUGCCCACACGAUGUCCUCUACAUCUCGGACCUCAUCACCUUUUCCUCUCGGUUCUGUGGGUCCAACCGGCCUCCCAGCAGCCAGCUGGUUUUUGGCUCCAGCCAAGAGAUGGUGGAAGUCAUCAUGGAGCUCAUCACUACCACCCACUGGGGACGCGGUUUUGCUCUUCUCUUCCAUUACCACAAUUUGACCGAGCCAGGGGGGGACAGACGUGUCACAUCUCCUUCAGGGAACAAGGCGGACUCUCUCCUGGCUGCUGUGAGCGGAGCUGCCUUCUUCACCAUGAUUCUUACAGGUGUCCUCUGCAUCAUAUUCAGACCCAAACUGUGUCCAAAAAGAGCCGGCUCCAGCACAUCCAGCAGCUCUGAGGUGCCACAGGGCGUGCAGAACACUGGUGCUGAGGUCAGUGAGCUGCAGCUGAUGGCUGAGAAUCAGGCCAACCUGGAGACGACCAUAGAGCAGGACAACAACAACGACAGCCCACUGCACACAGUCAGUGCAGGUGGCGACUUUACCCAGAAUGCAGAGGUGGAUCUUUCCUGCAGUGGUCUAACUGAACUCGACCUCGGUGCGGAUGAGGUUUUUAUUGUGUCAUCAGCUCCUAGCCCAAGUGGGCUAACCUUCUCCCCUCACACACAGCGGGACAGGUUUCUGCGACACAGUGACACUGGCCCCGGCCCUGCUUGUGACUGGCCCUCGGUGGAUCCCAUGGCCUCACCUGCUGGUGCCAGAUCCCUCAAAGAUAGCAGUAGUGCCUGUGCAAGACCCAGAGCGUGGAGUGUACGCACCUUCCAGGACUUCCUCCCCCCACUCCCGCAGCUUCACAAGAAGUGGUGCAGCUGGAACUCCACCAGUCCCUUCACCAAGCUGGUGGACAGCGCUCCAACCAGUUUAGUAGCUGACUGCAGAAGGGGCGACAACAGGAAGGUCUUCUCUGAUGUUCACCUGGAGGCCAAUGCAGACACCAGUAUGAUCUCUGAUUCAUCCAUCAGCAAUGCGUCCUACCCUUUGACACAGCCUGCACACAGACAGCGACGUCUCAACUCCACCAGCAACCUGCGGCGCUCCCGCUUCACGGGGCCUUGUUUUGGCCUUUUCUCCGAGACGAAAGACCCACUAAAGGGAACCAGUGCUCCCACGGCCUCCCCUCCAGAAUCCAACCCUGGCUCUUCCUCAUCUACUCAAUGCCAGAUUGAGGGUGGUCAGGCUGCAAAGAGGCGUGAUUUCCCAGGUGAGAGCGAUCACAUCAGCGUGCCAGUGUUUGCCAUAUCUGAAGAGGAGGACCGCCAGCCUCUGGUUUCAGCGGAACACCUGGACCAGACUUCUGCCUCAGCUGUGCAGAAUGGAUUAGUUAGGGGGACAUAUGAGGGUAAGAUGCCUCCUUUCGGGAGCAUCAGUCCCAAGAGGGCCAGACCAGAGUGGAGGCCAUGGGGAAGCCAGGUGUCGGGAGGGGUUGGUUCACACCCUUCGAGCGUGUUUACCGAGUCAAACACAGUGAAUGAAAAUCAGCCGUCUAUCAGUCUGUCGAGAGGGCUGUGCACUGUGGCAAACCAGAUGUGAUGAGUUGGUGAGGAGCAGAGACUCUGUUGGGCCAGUUCUUCAUUUACUGAACUCUUAGUGUCAAUGUGGAAAAAAUAUUACUACUUCUUUAUUCCUGAAAUCAACUGUUACAGAAUUAUUACAAAUUCUUAAGCAUCCUGUUGGAAAAUUCUUCUUUCAUUUUUUACAAUAUUGUGCUUUGACAAAGAUGUAAUAUGCUGCUUAUUAUACCAAGGCACUGCCUGAUGUCAUACUGUUUAAAAAGAGAAGUCAUUGCAAACUUUUUUUUUCUUUUGUUAGUACAUAACUUUUAACAGUAAGUGUACAUUUAAACAUACACAGAUGUAUAAGGUAGUUAAAUGGGAUUCAGUUAAUUACAAUACUCCAACCAUUGCACUUUGCUUUUCAUUAUCUUUCAAUAAUGACAUCUUUCAAUGUCAGUUUCCUGUUGCCUGUGCCAGUUUUCUGCCUUAUCUUUAAUGUCGUUCAUGUGGUAAUCUCUUUGGCACAGGGUAAUAAGUGAUUAUACAGUGACCAAUUACCCAAAAGUAUUGUUUAGAGCAUAGAUCAUUCAUACACACACACACGUGUAAAGAUAGUUCUACAGCUGGUAAUGGAUUAUAAAAGGGAAAUUGUUAAUAAAAUAUAUGAAGUACUAAUAUACACCAUGUAGUAAAGAACAGUAGCACUUACAAAUAGCUUUUAAAGUUGUAAUGAAUUGUAAAGUUUUAAUAAAGACAUUGUCAUUCA